AUGUACGGUGUUUCAAUAUUGUUCUUCGUAUACAUGUAUGUGGUUCUACUGCUAGAUCCUCGCUGGUACUGGACGAUCAAUGUCAUUAAGGUAUAUUACCAUGAGGACUUCCACGAAUGCACUCGAGAUAACGAUAUAGCGAUAUUCGAGCACAGCGAGAACAUUCCUAACUUCAUGGCUACACCGAUCUGUUUGCCACCAAAGAAUUUCACUAUCGGUAAAAAAGCUGAAACAGCUGGAGCAGGGUUGACAGGACAUUUCAAUGUGACAUCGAGUGACGUGAAGUAUCAUGGCUUUUUUGACCGUUUCACUGACGUACGCGAAUAUGUGGGCUGGAUUUGCAUAAAGACAGGAUCACAUCCUUUUGAGCAGAUUUGGCACACCAUCAAUCAUUUGGCUACAAUAUGUACAUCUCGUGGAAACGAUAAUUUAGAGAACGUGUACUUUCAUGAAGAUUUCGACGAGUGCUCUGGACAUAACGAUAUAGCUAUAUUCGAACACAGUGAGGACAUCCCCAGCUUCAUAGCUACACCGAUUUGUCUACCUCCAAAAAACAUCAAGAUUUCCACGUUACUGAAAGCAGCAGGAGCUGGAUUGAUGGGACACUACAAGACUACGAUGGAGGAUGCUGGAGAACCCGACCGCGAAUAUGCGUACGACUUUUUCACAGACGUACGUGAAUAUGUGGACUGGAUUUGCGAAAAGACAGGAAUCUGCCCACCGGAAAGAAAGGGCCAUAAAAAGCCCAAGCUGGACAAAACAAAGCAAAAAAGUGCCAUAUUCAAA